CAAACGUAACAUAACCCACUUUCUUUUUUAUUUAUUUAUCCUCUUUUUUUUUCUCUCUCUCUCUUUCUAUCUCUUUAAAUGUCUAAACUUGAUUAUUCUACUGACCCCAAAAGAGGUGAACACCCUUUAAUUGUACGAAAGGAUGCUCCAUUCAAUGCAGAGCCUGAUAUCACCGACUUGGUGAAGAAUUAUAUUACGCCUGAGAAGUACUUCUUUUGUCGUAAUCAUGGUCCUUUACCGGAUAUCAAUGAAUCAGAACACCUUAUUGAGAUACAAGGCAUAGGAAUUGAAAAACCAACCCAAAUCACGUUAAAAGAUAUCAAAGAAAACUACGAAAAGACCUCUGUCAUGAUGGUUAUGCAGUGUGCCGGAAACAGAAGAGACGGGCUCCAUAAAGUGAAACACACAAAGGGAGUGAUUUGGGGGCCUGGUGCGUUAGGAAAUGCUAUCUACAGCGGAAGCAGACUUCGUGAUAUCUUAGCUACCGUUGGCGUAACAACAAAGAUUAAAAAUUUGUCUAAACUCCACGUAGCGUUUGAGUCUGUGGAACAGUGUGAGGAAGACACGUGUUACGGUUCUUCCAUACCCUUAUCAAAAGCAUUAGACGAAUUUGGUGAUGUGUUAUUAGCUUAUGAGAUGAACUACAGUACAUUGACUCGUGAUCACGGAUUUCCUAUUAGAGUCGUUGUCCCAGGUUACAUUGGUGGUCGAUCUGUAAAAUACUUAAAAUCGAUUACAAUUCAAGAUCAUGAAUCUUUAUCCUAUUACCAACGCAGAGAUUAUAAAAUUCUACCUGAAAGCAUUGCCAAUGAGGACCAGGCCAAUAGUUAUUGGUGCAAGGUGCCGUCGAUUGGAGAAUAUAACGUACAAUCCUAUGUAUGUGAUCCUGCAGAUGGAUUACAUGAGAAGAGCGUUUCAAAUCAAACAGCUCAGGGAUAUGCCUUAUCAGGCGGGGGAAGAAGUAUUCAGAGAGUUGAUGUGUCUGGUGAUGAUGGAAGAACUUGGACAACGGCUCAGUUGUACCAACCAGCUGCUGAAGGAGACAAUUGCAGAGUAUGGGGAUGGUGUCUAUGGACAGCUGUGAUUCCAACGAAGAGAAAUGUCCGCAUCGUUAGUAGAGCAGUCGACUCUUCUGGUAACGUGCAACAAGAAUACCCUGUUUGGAAUUAUCGUGGUGUCAUGAAUAAUUCAUGGAGAACCGUAGAUCCACUCACUUUGGAGAUGUCAAACAUUUAAUAAAACAAUUUUUUUUUUAAAAAUAAAGCAAU